AUUAUGGCAGCAGCUGGAAGAGAGGUUAAUACAAAGGUUCGUUGUAGAGCUUUUAACCGGGGCUCCUGCAGAUGGGGUGAAAACUGCCGAUUUUCCCACGAAAGAAAGUUCGCUCAGAUCUGCAGACACUUCCAGAAUGGCUUCUGUGUCUAUGGCGAAAAGUGCAGCUACCAGCAUGUACUGCGGCCACCUCACCCUCCUCACUACCUGACUGGACGUAGGGUCUCAGAACCUUGUAUUUUACCUCAUGUUCCUGAGCAUAAUGAAGCACGUCGAGGAUCAGAGCCCUCAGUUCCUCCCUUAAAACUGUCUGUGGAGCAUAAGGAAACUUUGCCCCCUUCAGGUAGGGAGAACUGGGCUCUUGCUGCGGAGUUCAUUCCUAGACAUUCAGGACUUAUAAGAUCUGUAUCCAGCCCUACACUUCAGCAUGAGGCCUCCAUAAGCACUUUAGUGAAACGCUGUGAAGGAAUAAAAAGCACCACUUCUCUAAAAAACUUGAAUUCUCAAAAGUGUACUUCAGAUCUACAAUAUGAACGUAGUCGGGAUGUGGUUUGUGGGAUUUGCAUGGAUAAGGUGUAUGAAAAGCAGGUAGCUGAACGAGUGUUUGGGAUAUUGCCAAACUGUAGUCACGCUUAUUGUGUUGGUUGUAUCAAACGCUGGCGGAAAACAAGAGACUUCCAGAAUGAGGUUAUCAAGGGCUGUCCCCAGUGCCGAAUAAAGUCCAGCUAUUUUAUCCCCAACAAAUAUUGGGUUGGAGACUCGGCUGAAAAGGCGAAACUUAUAGAAACCUUUAAAGCAAAGACCAGUAAAAUCCGCUGCCGCUUUUUUAUUCGUGGGAAUGGGCAUUGUCCCUUUAAAUCAGAAUGCAUUUACCUCCAUGAAAUACCAUCUAGGCAUCAGCAAAGGAAGAGACGUGAGCAAAGAAGACGGAGUGCCUCUGCUUUGACCUAUUCACACCUGGUUGGAAUGUUUGAUGAAGAUUUCACAGAUGAUGAGGACAUUGAUCUGCUCCAUUGUGCUCUCACACUUGCUCUAAUUGAGGAUAACUUUGAGCUAGGCUUAGGUUUUUCUGAGGAAGUUGAAAUUCUGUGGGGUGAAGGAAGUGACUCAGAAUAAAAAAAAAAAAUAAUAAUAAAGGGGGGGGGGGAAUAAACAACCCUUGUAUAACCUUUAAAAGUAACGUGGACCAGGUCCCUUUUUUUUAAAGCUUUUAUUGAAUGGUGUUUGGUAUAGCUUUGUCAGAUUAAACCAUCUGAAAUCUGUUUGCAGUGACAGGUUAACUUGACAGGGCAUUACUAGACUAAACCUUUGUUAGUACAGAACGCUUAUCUUCAUCUUUCUGUUCUAGCAUGGCACAGCCUUUAAUAUAUAUACAAGAUGUAUUGUUGGUGGCAGUAAAAAUUUUAGCUUUUCCCAUCCUUUGUGGGGGAUAUAAGUAUUGUAAAUUAAAUAAAGAUUGUUUAGAA